AUGGGUGACUCGAGCGAAUCGUGCACUGAAACCCAUGCAGCAGCAGGGCUGGCUAACAUUGCAGUCAUCGUUGAGAACCCGAGUGAUUGGAACAAUUUGGACAGAAUUCGUAGAGCAUGUGCCGUCUUCCGCAACACAGACGUUCGCCUAAUACAAGAUACAACCAAGCCCCAGGAUCCUCGAUGCCGAAAGUGCCUGGUUCUGGGUGAUCGAGCAGAUCUUGGCGAUUGCCGAAUGUUGCAGAGCACGUCAGCUUGCUUGCAGGAGCUAGCUUCUCAAGGCUACCUGUCGAUGGCAACAGCACUCGAUGAGUCCAGCGUGAAUCUCUAUGACCUCGAUUUCACAGCAAAAGGGAAGAUUGCCAUAUGGUUUGGCCAGGAGAAGUAUGGCCUCACCGACGAGGCUCUCAAUGCGGCCGCAACGAAGAUCUUCAUCCCGAUGUCUGGCAUGGUGCAAAGCCUCAACGUGGCAGCGUCCGUCACGAUCAUACUCUCUGAAGUGCCUGGUCUGGUGUGA